UGGGUGACGUCAUAUAUAACAUGGCGUCGAGCACCGAUCAGCUGUUCGUGUCUGAUGACAAUUACAUACUCGUAGACAUUUGCGCUAACCUAGUGAACAAAAAGUUUAACCGAGACCUAGAGAGUGUCAUUCAGCGUGCCAGAGAUGCGGGCGUCAAGAAGAUGAUUGUUCUGGGCACGUCUCUACACUCGACCAAGGAGGCCCUUCGGCUGACGCGAAUGCAUCCCGGGACGGUGUACUGCACAGCAGGCAUCCACCCGCACGACGCCAAAUCGUGGGACGACGACGAGACGCUCGAAGUCCUCCGGAGCGUCGCCUCCAAUCCAGAGUGCGUCGCCAUAGGCGAGUGCGGACUGGACUUCAGCAAGGACUUCUCCUCUCCGGAGUGCCAAAUCCAAGUGCUCGAAAAACAGAUGGCGCUGGCGUGUGAGCUCAACAAGCCACUGGUGCUUCGUGAGCGGGCAGCAUUCGAUGCCAUGAUGGAUUUGCUGGCCCGGAGCCAGGUUCCAGCGCACGUUGUCCUGCACUGCUUUGCGGGUAGCAGCGACCAGGCAGCGGCGUACCUAGCACGAGGCUGCUACUUGGGCGUGGGUGGCCAGCUGUGGAAGGAGCCAACGGUCCUGCGAAGCGUGCCGCCGGAGCGGAUUUUGCUUGAGAGCGAUAGCCCCUUCUUAUGGCCCAACACUCGUGCCCUGCCGUCCGAGUGGCGCACAGCACUGCAACCCCGUGCAGUGCGGCUGCUCGAGCGCUACUGCUCCUUUCAGCGGAAUGAGCCCUGCUGCCUUCCUGCGGUGCUUGAGCUGACCGCAGCUGUGCUUGGGAUUGGACCCCAGGACUUGGCUCUGCGAACCACAUACACUGCACUCAGCAUCUUUGGCCUUGACUAAAAAG